AGUUAGUAAUCACCUCACGAUCUUGCGCAUGCGCAUCAGGAAAAGUUAGCUUGCGCACACGUGUGUCAGCGUCCACUACAAAAAUGGCGAAGGGCACAACAACUCAAGAGAUACCAAGUAAGGUUCUUGAGAAUAACGUUGACGACACCAGUGCCACAAGAAAACGGAGACGCAUAGCAGAAUCUAUUGGUCAAACGUCACCUCCCAAGAAAACGAAACUCAUCAACGACGGUCAUUGUGUUUUUGUUGGCAACUUAAACAACUCCAAAACCUUUGAAGAAGUCACUCAGUCAUUGGAAAAAUACUUCAUGACACAGAGUCUUUUGGUACAACACAUCAGAUUAGCUAAAUCCAGGAAACAUGCAUUUUUGGAUUUGGCCUCUAACAUUGAUGUGACUAAAGCUUUAUCACUGGAUGGAGAAAUGCUUCUCGGUCAGCCGCUGACUAUCGCUAAAGCAAAUGUCAAAACUGUGGACAGUUUGAAAAAGAAGGCGAAGCGUCCAAAGCCUGGCAAGAAAGCUCAGGAUGGAAGAUGUUUGUUUUUGAAGAAUGUCCCUUAUAAUGCAACAAGAAGAGACAUCCGGGAGAUUUUUCCAAAAGCAAUUCAAAUCAGGUUUCCUGAUCAGGCUGACCAUCCAAGCAGAGGCAUCGCAUUUUUAGAGUUUAAAAAUGAAGCUGUUGCAAAUAAAAUAAGGAAGCGCAAACAAGGAGCCAAGAUCCAAGAUCGGCUACUCAUCAUUGAUACUGUCGGAGUUGCCCGCAAAAGUGACAACAAAAAUGUCGACACCAAACCUACCAACAAAGUUGAAGUUUCUCCAACCACACUUUUUGUCAGCAACCUGCCUUCCAACGUGAAGGAAACGAAUGUAAAAAAUGUCUUUAAGAAAUCCGUCACUAUCACGCUACCAAACAAGGGUGGCAAAGCAAGAGGUUACGCAUUUGUGGAGUUUGCCAACGGGGAAGAUGCUCAAAAAGCCUUGGCCGACGCCAAAAACGCGACUGUCCGAAAAAGGCCCAUAAGAGUCCAGUUCUGUGAAAUGAAAGAAAAGCAAGAAAUUGGAAAAGAGGAGUCGACAAAACUAAUCGUAAGGGGACUUAGCAGUGAGACAACCGCGGAGAUUCUCAAAGGUGCUUUCGAGGGCUGUCUCAGUGCAAGAGUUGCAACAGAUAAAGUGACAGGAAAGUCCAGAAGGUUUGGGUUUGUGGAGUAUCCAAGUAAAGAAAUGUGUACAGCCGCCAAAGAGGCAAUGGUGAACAGCGAGAUUAACGGAAGCAAAGUCAACGUGUGUUAUGCAAGGUCCAACUCGAAAAGAGGCAAGCGCCCCCCCCCCCCCCCCCCGGCAGACUGGGAGUAAACAAAAGAGGACAAUGACGUGGAGCUGCCGAGAUGCUCUGUGCCGUUAAAAAAGUGGCAAAGGAAGCUGAUCUGAUAACUGGGCUGGAAAAGCAAAAGCAAAGGAAAUGUUUCUGCAUCAGAUAUUUUUCCUCCUAAAUAACUAUCAAUGAAUAAUUUGUACUUUGUAUGACCUUGUGGUGUAAUUUUUUUAAUAUUCUUUUUUUUCGCCAACUGUCACAGCUUUUUUGGAACGUGUCGCAAUUCAUAAAAUUCAAACUGAACGAUUGUUUGCUAAAAACAAUAAAGUUUAUCAGCUUGAACGUGAAA